AUGAAUUUCCUACGAAGGAAUUCUCCUAUAAAAACCCGCUUCCCCUCCCACCCUCUCACUGCUCCCCAUCAUCUCCUACCUUCAACUUUGUCGGUUUCGUGGCUUGUCAUUCACUUUCAUGGCGCACGUUAGCGGGCUGCCCUGCGAUGGGGAUGGCAUUUGUAUGGUAUGCAAGACAAAGCCCUCCUCGCCCGACGACGCCCUCUCGUGCAAAACAUGCGCCACGCCCUGGCACGUCGCUUGCCUCUUGGAGUCUUCCCGCCCCCAAACCCUAGCCGAUGCUCUCCAGUGGGAAUGCCUGGACUGUUCACCGAUCGACUUCUCCAGCGCCGGUGCCGGAGGAUCGAGGGGUUCCAGUGACCUGAUCACGGCGAUUCGGGCAAUAGGAUUGGACGGGUCGCUGACCGAGCGGGAGAAGGCGAAGAGACGGCAGCAGCUUAUGUGUAGAGGCACGCAACCGUCCGAUGGAGACGACGACGACGACGACGAAGACGCCAGUCCCAAGAAGAAGGAGGUGAUCAGCAGCCAUAACGAUGUUCUUGGUAUUCUCGAUAACAGUUUGAACUGUUCGUUUUGCAUGCAGUUACCGAAGAGACCUGUGACGACGCCUUGUGGUCACAACUUUUGCUUAAAGUGCUUCCAGAAAUGGAUUGGGCAGGGCAAGCGAACUUGUGCGAAUUGCCGCAAGAAAAUCCCAGCCACUAUGGCAAGCCAACCUCGUAUCAACUCUGCGCUUGUCAUUGCCAUCCGAAUGGCAAGGAUGUCAAAAUCCGAUGCCGUAGGGGCCUCCCCAAAGGUCUAUCACUUUGUACGUAACCAAGACCGCCCAGAGAAAGCAUACACCAGCGAACGAGCGAAGAAAGGUGGAAACGCCAAUGCUAGUAGCGGAAAGAUUUUUGUUACAGUCCCCCCCCAUUAUUUAGGACCAAUCCUUGCAGAAAAUGAUCCGGAGAGAAACCAGGGUGUGCUGGUGGGGGAAACUUGGGAAGGUAGGCUGGAAUGUAGGCAAUGGGGUGUACACCUUCCUGUUGUUGCAGGGAUUGCUGGGCAAUCAAAAUUUGGUGCUCAAUCGGUGGCGCUAUCUGGAGGCUAUGAAGAUGAUGAGGACCAUGGCGAAUGGUUCCUCUACACAGGGAGUGGUGGAAGAGACCUUAGUGGCAAUAAACGCACAAACAAGGAGCAUUCUUUUGAUCAGAAGUUUGAAUAUUUCAACGAGGCAUUACGAGUAAGUUGCAGGAAGGGUUAUCCUGUUCGUGUGGUGAGGUCUAACAAGGAGAAACGAUCUUCUUAUGCCCCGGACAGAGGGUUACGCUAUGAUGGGAUUUACAGAAUCGAGAAAUGCUGGCGGAAAAAUGGGACUCAAGGAUUUAAGGUGUGCAGAUAUCUUUUUGUUAGAUGUGACAAUGAUCCUGCCCCCUGGACAAGUGAUGAUCAUGGCGACCAGCCAAGGCCACUGCCCGUCAUUAACGAGUUAGAGGAUGCAAUUGACAUAACUGAAAGGAAGGAAUCUCCAUCCUGGGACUAUGAUGAGGAAAAAGGUUGCUGGAUGUGGAAAAGACCUCCACCAUGUAGCAGAAAACGGGUUAAUGAGGGACAAUCGGAAGAUGGGAAGAGAUCAAGGAAAGUUAUUCAACGAGCACAAAAUCUGUCUGUGAAAGCGAAACUUCUAAAAGAGUUUAGCUGCCACAUCUGCCGGAAGGUGAUGGCUUUCCCUCUUACUACCCCUUGUGCUCAUAACUUCUGCAAUGCUUGUCUAGAGGGUGCCUUCGCUGGUCAAAGUUUAAUGAAACACAGGACAUGUGAAGGCAGACGAACAUUAAGAGCACGGAAGAAUAUCAUGAAAUGCCCUUCGUGUUCAACUGACAUAGCUGACUUUCUUCAGGAUCCCCAGGUUAACAGAGAACUGAUGGAGGUUAUAGAGUCAUUAAAAUGCAGAAUUGAGGAGGGUGAAAGUACUGAGUCAAGUGAAGAUACUGAUGUCACCCAUGAGAAGCUGGAUGGAGUUGCUGAUGAAAUGGGAAUUCGUGAUGUGAAUAAUGCAAAUCUGGAGGAAGCAAAAGCCGACAUUUCGAAAGCUCAGGCUGCAAGCGAGGUCGGGAAAAUGGAUGUGCUGAAAAUUGCAAAGCGAAGUGGUGGCGAAUGUAAAUUAAUUCCUGGUGAAAAGAAGGGAAGAACAUUCCCUGAGAAGCCUGAUGCUGCUGAUGGCCAAAAUGGUGUUGAUCCUGAAAUGGCAACUGGUAACAAGUUACUAGAAAAUCCUGCCAUAGAGAGCAAACUCAUACAGACUUGCAAAAGGAUCAACAAUGAAGACUUGUCAACCUUGAAUAUUGGAGCUAAGGGUUGCAAAAGGGCUAAAAUGGAAGUAGCAGAAAGAACUUAACGACCGUCAGUUCUAAACUGCAACGAAAGCUUUGAUCGUAAGGCAGUCCAACUUUUUUGGUCGGUUACAGAGCUGGUACCAUUUUCACAUUCUCGUCAAUUUGAGAAUUGUGCGCGGCCAAAGGAUGUUCCAUGCAACAUAGUACUCCUUUUUUCCCCCUCAUGAACACCAUGUAAUACAGCAAUUGAAAUGAAUAAAAAUAAAUCCAACAAUGU